AUGAAGACAUCUGUUAUUUUAGCUCUGUUUGGCUUUGUACUCGCUGUCGGCUUUUCAGUCGCAGUAACUGAAAAUGAGCUGGCCGAGAUAACAAAUGAAUUUGAAGGAGGAAAACUUCGAGGGUAGGUUGUGUGACAAAUUCACUAGAAAUGAUAACUGUAGUAAAAAAAUGUACUUCAUAAAGAUGCCGUUUAUCCGGAUUUUCUCCUGUUUCGAAGAAGAACAGAAACUAGAUUCUGGUGGGAGAUGGCAAUUCAUUCGAAGACAAUCCAGUGAGCUAGCGGGGGCGAACUGAAAUGUAUUGAAGGUUUAUUUUAAAAUUAUGGAAUCUAAAGUUAAGUUCAUAAAUGAAUUAUUUUUCUGAAAGUGGAUUAUGCUUUAGACUUAUGGACAAUUCUGAAGUUAUGCAGUGGAAAUGGUUUCAUUAUUUUUCUUCAUGUUUCAGCGAGUACGACAUGAAAGAGAACGAUGAAGAGUUCGAUGCAGAAGACCUAGAGGACAAUGAUGUGGCAAUCCCCAAAAGGUACGUUGAGGAAGAUAAAAUCAUUUUUGAUAGUUUUGGAAACUUGUGUGGUCAAAUGUUCUGAGCGACGAUUCUCAGCAAAAAUGUAGUCAGGAUCUUAAAGUAACUAAGAAAAAUUUGUUGCCUUAAAUGUGACACCUGCAAAUAGUUAGAUGUUCUAGUCUUCUCGGAAAAGGAUGAUAAACCGUCUCCUGCAUUUUCUUCUGGAGUGGUUAGCAGGGGAACCCAGGGGAACCCACACACCUCUCGCCAGGAGAAGGGGACGUAGCUCCUGGUGUUGUGCUGUGACCUCGAUGUUGAUCAGUUAUAUAGGCCCCCAUUUAAACCAGCUUUAACAAAUAACCAAUUCGUUCAAGUUUAUCUUUUGUAAUCUUUUUUCUGUCACCCAGUGAAAGCGAAGUGGCGGCUGAAGACGAGGAGUUUGACGAAAGAGCAUUCGAUAAUGACGAUGAUAAAGACGAAGUUAGUAACGGUGAC